AUGGGCAGAACAGCGAACCCCUUGCCCUGCUAUUUGGUCUGCUUAUUUAUGUUGGAGUCACAUGAGCGCAGCAGCUGGGAGUCCGCCUCUGGAAAGAACACAGGCAGGAGCGAAGUGAGGGCAAUCCUGAGCUCGCUUUUCCUGGGCAGCGCAUCCCAUGCAGCCCGCCCAGGAAAACGACGCUGCCGGAGCUGCAGCAGCCCGGGGGACCCGGGCUCGGGGCCGCAGGGCUGGGGAGGGGCAGCUCGGGGGCCGAGUACUCACAGAAUUGCUCAAAAUGGCAGCACUAUAAGCAAACAAUAUCGCUCACUUACCCGGGAAGGCUGGGGCAGCUCCGGGGCGGCGAACGGGCGCUCGGGCGACACAAAGGAACCAUGGAGAAACUUUUUCAGCCCGAGCCGACGGCGGGGCGCAGGGACAGCGCCUCGGGGCCCACCAGGAGAGCGCGGCUCAGCAGCCCAGCGGGGGCGAGCGCCCGCCCCAGGUUCGCAGCCCCCUCCGCGGCUGUGGCGGGAGCCAUUUCCAAGAGUUUCCAAGAAGUGUCAGGUCCUCCGCUGCCCGCAUCCUGCCUCGGAGCCGACCUCCCCGCCGCCGCUCCUCCUGCGCCUCCGCGCGAGCCCUGCCGCGGCGCUCCCGGGCCGGCCCCAGCGCCUCUUUUCCCGCGGUGGCGGCGGCGGCGGCAGCGCCUGGCGCGGCUCGGGGCGGCCGGACUCGCGGCUGUUGCUAAGAGACCGGAGCCAUGACACAGGGAAAUUGCGGCAGGAUGGCAGUCGGUACCCGGCCCGACUCUGCUGCUCGGGGGCGCACCCGCCCCCCGCCCCGCCCCCCGCCUCCUCCACGGCGCUGCUCCCCCCCCACCCCACUCCGCGCCGGCCUCCCCGCGCUCCCCCCCUUCACUUCCUCCGCAGCCCGCCGCCAGUGCCUUCGGGGGAACCGCUUCCCCGAGGACCGGGAGGCGCUGGGGGGGGGGGGGGGCGAAGUGUGGCGGGGGGCGGGGGGCGGGGAAGCCGGCGGGGCGCACCUCGGCCUCGGCCUACCCCGCCCCCGGGGCGCCCCGGGACCGCCGCCCGCCUUGGCCGGGAGCUUUGUUCUUUUCCCUCCAACUACCUGUCUGAGCAGCGGGCCGGAGGGCGCCCAAAGGAAGGGCCGGCACUCCCGGAGGAUCUGCCCGUCAGCGUCCGAGGGGCGCUCUGGGGCGCGAGAGGGGUCAGCGCCCGCGUCUCCCGCCCUCCCGCCCUCCUGCCCUCCUGUCCUCCCUCUUCCCUCUCCUCUUUUGUUGCCUCCACUCUCGGACACGACGCAGCCUGGGCUGCUUCUCCCCCUCCCUCUUGGGAGUUUGCGGUGUGGACGCACAGCGAGCACAGAUCCACUUGGGACCGUACCCGCACUUAAUCUGUCUGGAAGGGGGUCAUGGAAUCAGCUGCCUUGAUUGAGCUGUGCUGCCUGUCUGUGGGGCAGAGGCCCAGUGCCUCUCACCAAAGCCCCACCGCCCAGGAGGAUGAGAACACUCUCUCCAUUGCUGCUCUCCUGACUGUGUGGCUGGCCAGGGCCCUUUCAUUUCACUCUGCCGGAGAACCCAGCUAUCAAACUCAUGUCACUUUGCAGUCAAAUUCGAAGUCUGUGAAAACACAACCAAGAGAACAUUCUUCAGCCUGAAGGGUGGAGGCUCUCACCGAAAGGACUCUCAAGCUGAUUUCUGGCAUCUCGACAACAGAAGAAGGAACCUGUUUAUCCCAAGGUUGAACACAGAACAUAAAAUUCCUCUUCUUCUCUCAUGGCUUCAUACUCUGCUAGGAUGAGCAACAUGACAGGAAAAAGCAGGACCCCCCCCCCAAAAAAAGCAAUAAACUAGGCAAUAGAUUUCACAAAUAAAAAUAUUGCAUGGAGCAUAAACCUAAAAACGAUUUGUUGUGGAUGGGAAAUUCAGAUUUAACUGGGCCUCCCGUCCUUUAUCUGCAACUCCAACACAACAUCCCUUGGUAGCCUCACAGAUGUUUUCAUGGCACAUGUAAGGGAUGAGAGAGUCUGAAAGAAAAUGGGAGCUGCAACAGUACAUUACAGCCUUACUGGAUUUCUUUUGGAACAGGAGAGGCAGAAAGACAUGAGCAGAGCCUAGAUGGAGCAAGAGCACUUGGAAGUGCAAGGGCAGCUUUUCUAUAGCCAGGCAGCUCUCGGCCUUGGGUUUUCUCACUGUUCCAAGUUCCAUGUUCCUGUUUCUAGCCCUUGCCCGUGGAAGCCCGCCCUGCAGGAGGGAUGGGCACUCACCUCCAGCUCCACUCCCGGGGCCCGUGGGGGAACAUCUGAGACACAGAACUCGGCAGCACUUUCAAGAACUUCAGCUUGGAAGCAGGGUAGUAAAUUCAUGCUAGCGUCAAGGUCAUGAUCAAGCCCUUUCUUAUGUUUCUGAAUGGUGUCAAAGAGUUCAAGCCCAGAAGCUUUCACUACAGAGGAAAGGAAAUGAGGAAGAGUCUCCAGCACCCUCCUUAGAGCCGGUCAGAUGGGGGCCUCUCCCUCCGUCCUGGAGAGAUGACGCGUGGCGAGAGCAGACUGCACUCCGCUUUCAGCCUCCAUCAUUCUCAACAUUACAGAUCACCAGGCUCCAUCAAAAAUAAAACAAAAACAAAUCACCAUGCUCUCGAUUAGAGACCGACCAGGGUUGUUUUCUCUAAUAAGUGAGUUCAUUUUUGUACAUUCCAUUUUCCCCUACCAGCCUGCGUUUUCUACCAUUUUCCAUGUACCCUAUCAAAGCUAGAUGGUAUGUCUUAUAAAGUAAUUGAGGUCUCAGAUGAGAAACUGGGGUGCGUUGGCAGGCCUGAGAGCAGAUCAAAGCUGAGCUAGGAAAGGGGUUGGCAGAGAGGGCUCCAUCGGUGGAAUAGCCGCAGACAGCCGACGGCUAAAUUUGCCCUCCAUUCCCCAAAGGUAUCCUAAAUGUCCACACUCAGGUCCCUCCUGUUAUUUCUUAUCAUCUACAAGCACUAUGGAGAGAUGGACUUGUCCUACUGAGAGCUAAUAGGAGCUCACAUGUCUGAUCUUCUUUCAGAAUUAAUUGUGCUGUGAGCUGCUGCAGGUACCCAGCAGGAAAGAAGAAACAGACAAGGAAGUGGUUUUCAAAAAUAAAGAAACAUUAGAGUUUAAGAUCGGUGCUAGGGUGACACGUCUCUGACUCAUCCACAAAGCAUUUUCUGAAACACCUGUUGUGUGCCCAGCUCUUGGAUUCCUGCAUUUAUUCACUUAACAGGUAUUUCUUGAGCACCUACUAGGCACAGAGGAUAGAGUGGGGAACAGUGUGAACAGAGUUCCUCUCUCUUAGAGGGGGGUGGACAGAAAAUAAGCACACAAGGGAGACAAUUUCAAAACUUGACGAGUGUUACAAAGAAAUUCAAAGUGGGCUCUGUGACUGGUCAGAAGGAGAUGGAAGAGGGUCAUUUAGACUGGGUCUCCAGGGAAGGGUCACCACUGAGGAACAUGUCACUGAAGAGCUGAAAAAAAAGCUGACCAUUUGAAAGUAAGGAUGUGGCUUUACUCGCCUAUAAUUCAGUUAGAUUUCAUCCAGAAAUCAUCAGUGAGCAACGCCAGGCAAGAGAGAGUAAAUCUCUAAUGCUAGAGGACUUUAGAAGAAAACGAUAACUGAGAAAAAAAAAAACAACACACACACACACACAACGAGUUAAGGAACACUUAAUGGAUGCGGAACCUACCCUGGACCUGGAAGAGAUUUGGAUUAAGUGGCUAUGUGGAAUGAAGGUAUGGAGCUGGGCAGGUGAGCAGUAAUGGACAUGACCUCCCCAGGAGUAGGGGCCGAGAAUGCUAUUGGUGGACCUACCAAGACGCUUUCAACUGGAGGGGACCUUCAGGUACUCUGGGCUCUUUCUCCUCAAGGUGUGGUCUGUGGACCAGUAGCCGCAUCACCUGGAAGCUUGCUAGAAAUGCAAAAUCUGGGUCUCCAUCCCAAACCUACUGAAUCAUAAUCUGCCUUUUAACCAGAUGACCUGUGUGCAUAGCCAAGUCCGUGAAACCCUGCGCUAGUCCGGACUCCCACUUUAGGGACAAGGGACCAGAAUCUACCCCAUCUCCAUCUUGGUGUGCAUGUGAGCCUGCAUGCGUGACACACGGAGAAGUCUGCUUUUAACUGUUAGUUUCAGUAAUGAACCCAGAGGUGUAUAACAUCUGUGGCCAAAUAUGUACUUCUUACAUAGGGCAGCUAGCCUGGUCUUUGGCUCAAAUAGAAGAGGCAAGUUAAAACCUGGUCACUUUGCAGGUUUAUGCAUCUAUUGAAAAAAAA